GCCGGUCGUGGGAGCAACAGGAGCUUCAGCGUAGGCCAUCGUUGAUGGCCCUACUGAGCGUCGAUGCAGUCUUCUGCUGAUGUUUGUUGUGCCCAUGAAGAUCUAGCCUAACUCUGCAUCGUUGACAACAAAUAGCCGCAAGUGCUGAUUGCUGCUGGUUGGCUCAGUCCAGAAUUUGGCCUCACAAAUGCGAUGAGCCUAGCUGAAAGUAUCACUGCCAAAAUGGCAUGCCACGCCCCCUCCAAGGUGAUGGGUCGGAAGGUGGUUGGCACGCAGUGCAGCUUCUUGCCUCUGGCUGACAAGUCUGUUGGGUGCUCCUUCAAAGUAGCCAGCAAGUCGACGAGCGUGCAGACUACACAGACUUUGGAUCAGUCAAGCUCCACAUCAGCUUCUGCUGAUGUUUGUUGUGCCCAUAAAGAUCUAGCUUAACUCUGCAUCGUUGACAACAAAUAGCCGCAAGUGCUGAUUGCUGCUGGUUGGCUCUUGGCCUCACAAGUGCGAUGAGCCUAGCUGAAAGUAUCGCUGCCAAGAUGGCAUGCCACACCCAUUCUAAAGGUCAGGAGGAGGUUGGCACGCAGUGCAGCUUGCCUCUGGCUGACAAGUCUGUUGGGUGCUCCUUCAAAGCAGCCAGCAAGUCUAUGAGCGUGCAGACAACAGAGACUGUGGAUCAGUCAAGCUCCACCUCAGGCCUCACAAAUGGGAUGAGCCUAGCUGAAAGUAUCACUGCCAAAAUGGCAUGCCACGCCCUUUCCAAGGUGAUCGGUCAGAAGGAGGUUGGCACGCAGUACAGCUUGCCUCUGGCUGCCAAGUCUGUUGGGUGCUCCUUCAAAGCAGCCAGCAAGUCGACGAGCGUGCAGACUACCGAGACUGUGGAUCAGUCAAGCUCCACCUCAGGCCUCACAAAUGGGAUGAGCCUAGCUGAAAGUAUCACUGCCAAAAUGGCAUGCCACGCCCUUUCCAAGGUGAUCGGUCAGAAGGAGGUUGGCACGCAGUACAGCUUGCCUCUGGCUGACAAGUCUGUUGGGUGCUCCUUCAAAGCAGCCAGCAAGUCGACGAGCGUGCAGACUAUAGAGACUGUGGAUCAGUCAAGCUCCACCUCAGCAUCGAGGCCUUCUAUUUCCACAUCAACAACCAGCGGGGACAAUUCACAGCAGGGAUGCCUCCACCUAGAUCAUCUCUGUGACUAUGAGGCUGAUAAACAGUUUCGUCCGGAAGCACAUGCCAAGGUCCAUUCUGGCGAGCAUCUGAUUAAGUGCCAUUUGUGCUCUAAGAGCUUAUCAAGUAGGGACAACCUGAAGAGGCACUUGCGCGCCCACACGGCAUCGAGGUCCUCUAAUUUUGCAUCAACAGCCAUCGGUGACAAUCCACAGCAGGGAUGCCUCCAUGAAGAUCAUCUCUGUGACUGCAAGGGCGAUAAACUGGUUCCUGUCGAUGCACAUGCCAGGGUCCAUGCUUCAGAACAUCUGUUUAAGUGCCAUUUGUGCCCUCAGAGCUUCUCAAGAAGAGACACCCUGAAGAGGCACUUGGGCGUCCACACGGGUGAGCGGCCAUUUCAGUGUCCUUCUUGCCUUCGAAGCUUCUCACUAAGGUUCAAGCUCAAGGAGCACCUGCGAACCCACACAAGCGAGAAUCCAUUACAGUGUCCUUCAUGCUCUCGGACCUUCUCACAAACGACCCACCUGAAAGACCACCUGUGCACCCACACAGGCGAGAAGUCGUUUCAGUGCCCGUCUUGCCCUCGCGUCUUCUCACGAAAGACCCACCUGAAAGACCACCUGCGCACCCACACAGCAUCGAGGUCCUCUAAUUUUGCAUCAACAGCCAUCGGUGACAAUCCACAGCAGGGAUGCCUCCAUGAAGAUCAUCUCUGUGACUGCAAGGGCGAUAAACUGGUUCCUGUCGAUGCACAUGCCAGGGUCCAUGCUUCAGAACAUCUGUUUAAGUGCCAUUUGUGCCCUCGGAGCUUCUCAAGAAGAGACGCCCUGAAGAGGCACUUGUGCGUCCACACGCCAUCGAGGUCCUCUAAUUUUGCAUCAACAGCCAUCGGUGACAAUCCACAGCAGGGAUGCCUCCAUGAAGAUCAUCUCUGUGACUGCAAGGGCGAUAAACUGGUUCCUGUCGAUGCACAUGCCAGGGUCCAUGCUUCAGAACAUCUGUUUAAGUGCCAUUUGUGCCCUCGGAGCUUCUCAAGAAGAGACGCCCUGAAGAGGCACUUGUGCGUCCACACGCGUGAGCGGCCAUUUCAGUGUCCUUCAUGCCUUCGGAGAUUCUCACGAAAAACCCACUUGAAAGACCACCUGCACACCCACACAGAUGAAAAGCCAUGGCAGUGCCCUUCAUGCUCUCAAAGCUUCUCACAUAAGUCCAGCAUGAAAGACCACUUGCGCAGCCACACAGGGGAGAAGCCAUAUCAAUGCCCUUCAUGCCUUCGGAGCUUCUCACGAAAGACCGAACUGAAAAUCCACCUGCGCACCCACACAGGCGAGAAGCCGUUUCAGUGCCCUUCUUGCCCUCGCAUCUUCUCACGAAAGACCAACCUGAAAGCCCACCUGCGCACCCACACAGGCGAGAAGCCAUUUAAAUGCCCUUCAUGCCAUCAGAGCUUCUCACGGAAUACUCACCUGAAUACCCACCUGCACACCCACACAGGCAAGAAGCCAUGACAGAGCCCUUCAUACCCUCAAACCUUCUUGCUGAAGAAUGCCAUGAAGCAACACCUGAGCAUUCAUAAAAGUGACUGACUGUACUGUUGUGCCGUCUGUGCCAAGACUUUUGCACGGGCUGAUUACUUGAGCAGACACAAGAGAACACAGCACCAUAAUACUCUAGAUUAGGUGAACAACCAUGUGGAACUUGAGUUUUAUUAAAGAUCUAUAGAUACGGGCUGUGGUGCAGAGUGUUCUGCUGUAUCAGGUGGCACAAGUGUUCUCAUAUGCUGUUAACUGUUCAGGCACAGUGGUCUGCGUUGCCGACCACCAAUUCAAAUUUUUUUCGCAGUGAUACCUAUACAGUGGAAUCUCGUUGAUACGAUCCUCACGGUAACUGGAAAAUAAAGCGUAUCAUCAAAAAAUCGUAUCAUCCAACGUAUUGUCCAACUAAAUCGUACUAUCAGGGCAAAAAAAAAAGUAUCAUCCCGAAAAACGUAUUAGGCAGAAU